CCCUUCACCUCCUAAAAGUCUCCUUCCCUGCGCGCCUCUCACCCUCACUGUUCAGCAGAGGGACCGGAGGAGGACAGUUGGAGGAGACGCGACUGUCUGCUGCGUCCGGCUCCCUGGCUGCCUUUUCUCGGUCACAAUGAGCACGUACGGGUCCCAGCAGAUGCUCAACUCGGGCCGGAGGGCCAGCUCCAAGGGCCAACUCCCUGACCUUGGCGGCGGGGGGACCUACCAUUACGCACGGAGCGACGCGGGCCACGGAGGCGGUUAUGGAUACGAAUUUGGCGAGGGAUACAAAACCAAGUCACUUUCGAGGUCGAUGACAACGAAGGGGGGGAUGAUGAUGAUGAGUAGCGGCAUGGGGAGCAGCUCCAAUGGCGGAAGCAGCCCCACCGUGUCCAUCGCCAACAGAGCCACACAGCAGCAGAUUCUCUGCAAUGAGUACCUGAAGAAGGCCGAGUUCGCCAUUCAGGCUGGCUCGGGUGAUGCUGAGCACUAUAUGGAAUUGGCCAGAGAGGCCAUCGAGAAGUUAAAAUACUUCGCCCUAGAGUUGCGUCAAAUGGGGCAACCCUUUGACGGUCUAAUGAGAAAUGUGGACCUCUACACUGAUCAGCUGAAGGAGGUCCACAUGGUCAUGUCGGGCACCAUGCAGAGGAGGAAGAGCAUGAGCAUGAGCAUGAGCAGGAGAAAGAGCUCUGGAGGCUGGGAAGAAUCAGCAAGGAGCUAUAAUGAUGCUAUGGCUUGGAUCGCUCAGCAAAAGCGGUUAAUUGAAACAACUGCCUGGGCAGAUGACCCUGGGGGCCUAGAGCAGCAGCUUAUCAAUCACCAGAGGUUUCACUCCUCGAUCCAGCGGGCCCCUGAGGUGCAACGAGCAAUUGAUGAAAUGAGAAAAUUGGGAGACAAACCCAACCAGUAUGCCCUGGAACAGGAGUGGGACUCUUUACAGAAAAUGUCCAAUUUACAAACCGAGCAGCUGCGAGAGACGAUCCUGUUUCUCGAGGAAAUAUCCAAAGAGAUCAUGUGGGUAAACGAAAAGGAGGAGGAGGAGCUGAUGUUCGACUGGAGCGACAGGAACAUAGAAAAAUACAUCCCUACGAAGCAGGAGAGCUACUCGCAACUUAUGAGUGCCCUGGAGACCAAAGAGAAGGAUCUGCAUAAACUUCAGACUAAAGCAAAAACACUUCUGAAAAAAGCCCACCCUGCCUCUGAUAAGAUUGAGGCUUACAUGGACACUUUGCAGACUCAGUGGAGCUGGCUUCUUCAAAUUACAAUGUGCAUUGAUACUCACCUGAAGGAGAACGCAGCUUACUGCCAGUUCUUCAGAGAGGCUAAUGAUACGCACAAAGCUUUGCAAAACCAACAUGAGAUAAUUCGAAAGACAUUCACUUGUAACAAGGACACUUCGAUGGAGGAUCUAAAGGAGCUCCUUAAAGGCCUGGAGAGGGAAAAGGAGAAUAUCACAGACUUAAAGCGGCAGGUUCAACACCUGACUGCCAAGUCAAAGACGAUUGUGAGGUUGAAACCUCGAAACCCGCAGGAAAAGAGCAGCAGUGGCAUCAUCGUCAAGGCUCUGACUGACUUUAAACAAGACCAGAAGGUGAUCCGAAAAGACAACGAGGCCAUCCUGAAAGACAACAGUCAGCGCAGUAAAUGGAGUGUAACCGGCCCGGGAGGGAUCGAUAUGUUGAUACCUUCUGUGUGUCUGAUUGUACCGCCUCCUAAUCCACUGAGCAUCAGCCUCGCCAACAAGAAUGAGCAGUAUUACGAGGCCAUCAUGUCCCUCUGGAAUCAGCUGUACAUCAACGUUAAGAGUCUCAUUGCCUGGCACUAUUGCCUCAUGGAUAUCAAUUACGUCAACUCUCUCACCGUCUCGAUGUUGUCCAAGAUGCGUCCUGAGGAGUACCGUCAGAUCAUGAAGAAGCUGGAGACCCACUUUGAGGAAUUCAAAAUUAUGAGCCAUGGCUCGGAGAUGUUUGCUGAUGAGGACAAAAGGAGUAUUGAGAACCAGGUUGCUGGAGCCCAGGCCCAUUAUGACAAACUGGUGGUGGAGCUGCCCACAUAUUCUGGACAUCAGGAGCAAAUAGAGGUUCAACAAAUUACUGAACAUCAGGUUCAACCACAGGUGUACUUCAUACAACAACAACCCCAGCAACACCAGGUACUGCUACUGCAACAAGAACAGCAGCAACACCAACUGAUGCUACUACAGCAACAGCAACUACAGCAACAGCAACUACAGCAACAGCACUUACAGCAACAGCAACUACAGCAACAACAAAUACAGCAGCAGCAGCAACGAGAACAAGAGCAACAGCAGCAAGCGGCAGCAGAGGAGGAGGCCAGGAGGCUGGAGGAAGAGAGGCGUCAAGCAGAGCUUAAAAAGCAGGUUAAGAAAGAGACGGCUGAGAAGGAGCACACAAUCAAGAGAGAAGUGGUGAAAGUGACCAAAACAGAACAAAAGAGGAAGACUUCUUCCUCCUCCUCCGCCUCUGCGUUUUCCUCGUCAUCUCAUCUCUUAGCUGAGCUGCAUGCCCUCAGACUGAGAAUGGAUGCUGCUGAGGGUUCGCUCAGUCAGUAUGUUCACGUUUGCUUCGGAGAUGACGGGGCUCAAGACUGUGGUCUAAGGAUCAUUCAGCUAGAGUCGGUACAGGAUGACGUUGACUCGAUGCGUGAUGCCUAUAUGCGUUUAAGAGAGCGUAUCUUGCAAGAGCUGGAGAACAUGAGUGAUCAAGAUAAAGCACAGUUCCUCCGCAGUGAAAUUGGAGUGAUCAACCAGAGACUGGGCAGUCUGGAGAGCAGCUCAUCCGCAUACGUACUAAGGCUGCGGGCUAUAAGGGACAUGCUGGAGAGCAUAGAGCGAGUUGAGGACAUAGUUAAAGUUCAUGAAGCCAGACUGACAGAAAAAGAGACCACUUCUCUUUCUCCAGCUGAAGUAAUUGAAUACAUGGACUUCCUGAAGAAAAUGAAAGCAGAGCUGGGGCAAAGGAGAGAUCUUCUGGCCUCCAUGGAGUCAGAGCUGUCCAAAGCAAGCCACUGGAACAGUCAAAUGAGCGGCUCCUUCCAUAGAUGUGACCUAAUGCUUUCAAAUUUCACUGAGAAGGUGGGCUUGCUGUCUGACCGCUGGAGACGGAUCCAGGCACAGAUUGACACCAGGCUGCAAGAUUUGCAGAUGUAUCUGCCUCAGUUGGAGCACUACAAGGAAACCAACACCUCUAUCACCGAAUGGAUUGAUGCAACACGUAGAAAACAGGACACCCUGCAAGCCACCAAGAUAGAGAGCAUCGAAGCACUACAAGAUCACAUUAACAACCAAAAGGCUCUGAACACAGAAAUCAAGGCAAAGCGGGAGACGGUGGACAGUGUGCUGAGAGAUAAUGUGACAUGUGUGAAUAGUAUCAAGGACUAUGAAACAGACCUAAAUUCUUACACCUCUGGGUUAGAAACACUGCUCAACAUCCCCAUCAAGAGGACAAUGCUUAAAUCACCGUCCAUGGAUCUUAACCAAGAGGCUAUACACCUUCAAACUCGUUACAUGGAGCUACUUAUUAUUUCUGGCGACUACUACAAAUUCCUUGGACAGUUGCUCAAAAACAUGGAGGAGCUUAAGAUACGCAACACACAGAUCAAUCUGCUCGAAGAUGACCUUCGCCGUCUGAGAGAGGAUAUGCAAGAGCGAAAUGCAGAAAACAAAUCGCUGGAAGAGGCUGUAGCUCAAUUCAAGUUGCAGCUUUCGCUGUCGCAGGAGCAGUUGUUAUCACUUGAAGAGGUGAAGCAAACAACUGCGCUGCAGUGCAGCGCUACUAAGGACAGCCUAGACUCCACUCAGAGCCAGCUUGCUGAUCUCAACAGUGAGGUGGAUCGUCUCAAGUAUCUACUUGCUGAAGAGAAAAGGAAGACAAAGCUGGCAGAAGAGCGCUACACUCAGCAGCAAGAGGAGUAUCAGUCAGUGCUAGGAAAGAGGCAGAAAGAGCUGGAGUCAGUCAACUGGUCCAAGAUAGAAGUGGACAAGAGCUUGAAAAAUAUGGAGCAUGAGAAUGAGCAGCUGCGGCGGCAGCUGACUGAAGAAUCAACAAAGUUGAUGGAACUUCAAAAAGAGAUAUCAAAGAAAAAAGUAACAAUACAGUCCCUCCAGUCCCAGUACAACGAGAUCGUAAGUGAGAGAGAUAUUCUGUUGCAGAAAUUGCAGAGGUUGGAAUUGGACAGAGAGCAAAUGCAAAGACAAGAGGAAGAGCUGAACCGCAUAAAACUUUCUUUAGAGGCCGAGUUCCGCACCAAGCAACGCUUACAAGAGGAGAAUGAGAGGGUGAAGAGAGAUUUAAAUUAUUGGAAAGAUCAAUGUGAUGGCAAACAAAGUUUGAUUAGACAGUUUGAUACAGAUAAGGAUGUUCUUGAGAGGGAAAAGAAAUCACUAAAGAGUGAAAUAGAGAGGUUGAUGAAAGAACUCAGAGAACUUGAGGUUACAUAUAAGAGUAAACUAUCGCUCCUCCAAAAACAACUGCAAGACACGACGGCUGUGAGACAGACCAUGGAAACUGAGCUAAAACGCACUAGAGAACCUCCAACCCUUAAUGCUCCCUCUGUGGUAUUUGAUGGAGUCCGCAAGCCAGUCACUGCAAAGCAAUUGCUUGACUGCAGAGUUUUAGACAAACCAACAUAUAACCAGCUUUUGACAGGACAUAAGACUGUUCCAGAAGUUUCUGCUGAGAAAAAAGUUCCAUUAAAAGGCACUGGGCCAAUAGCUGGGGUAAUAAUCGAAAGUCCAAAAAGUCCAGGGUCUAGCAAUAAGCCUCUUUGUAAACUGACAUUUACUGAAGCCAAGAAAGAAAACAUCCUUCCACCAGAUAGCAUUGAAUUGCUUCUUGAUGCACAAGCUGCCACAGGGCACAUCAUUGACCCAAGAACCAAUCAAAAGCUAACAGUGGAAGAAGCCUAUAAUCAAGGAGUUGUUGAUGAAGAAGACAGAGAAAGGUUACUUGCAGCAGAAGCUGCUGCCGUAGGAUACAGUGGACCUGGCACAAACAAACCACUGUCAGUGUUUCAGGCAAUGAAAAAGGGUAUCAUUGACAAAACCACAGCUCUGCGUCUGCUACAAGCCCAGGAGUCUGUUGGUGGAAUAUUGGAUCCUGUACUAAGUGUAUUUCUACCUAGAGACACUGCCACAGAACGUGAUCUUGUUGAUGAUAACACAUGUUCUGCUCUAAAUCAGAGGCCGGAUCUCUAUCUAGACCCAGAAACUGAGAAAGGUGUGACCUAUAUGGCAAUGAAACGGAAAUGUAAAAUAGAGCCACAUACAGGUCUUCUUCUUCUCCCUGUUCCUGAAAAAGUGGAUCCCUCUAACCUUGUAUUUGAUGGUGUUCGAAAACCGGUCACUGCAAAGCAUCUGCUUGAUUGUCGUGUUCUUGACAAGCCAACAUUUAAAGAUCUAGAAUAUCGAAAGAGAACUGUACCUGAGGUGUCUGAAGACAUAAUCGUUAACUUAAAGGGAACUGGACCCAUAGCUGGUGUUAUAGUAAACGGUCGGCGUAAAAUGUCUUUAACCGAGGCAAAAAAGCAAAUGCUAUUGACAGAUGAAUGUGCAGAUUUGCUUCUAGAAGCUCAGGCUGCCACAGGUCACAUAAUUGACCCAAAGGCCAACAAAAAGUUGACUGUAGAAGAGGCUUGUGCAAAAGGGAUAGUGGACAUAAAUGACCUAGAUAGAUUACUUGCUUCAGAAGCUGCAGCAACUGGCUAUAGAGAUCCUAGUGUAUCGAAGCCAAUCUCAGUGUUUGAGGCUAUGAAGAAGGGACUUGUAGAAGAUAUAAAUGGUUUACGACUGCUGCAGGCUCAAGAGUCAGUUGGAGGAAUCCUAGACCCUGGUCUUAGUGUAUUCCUACCGAGAGACACAGCUAUUAAGCGCAGACUUAUAGAUAAAAAUAUGUGUCAGACUCUAGACCAGAUACCUGAAGAUUAUAUUGACCCAGAAACAGAGGAACCUAUCAGCUAUCAAGCACUGAAGAAAAGUUGUAAAAUAGAGGCCCAUACAGGUCUGUUACUUUUACCUGUCACUGAAAAGUUGGACCCUUCUAAACUGAUCUUUGAUGGUGUGAGAAAGCCUGUUUCAGCAAAGGACUUAUUUGAUUGUGGGGUCAUUGACAAACCAACUUUAAGCAAACUAGUGAAGGGGGACAAAACUGUAGCUGAGGUUUCGGUAGAUAAAAAGAUCUUUCUAAAAGGAACAGGAUCAAUCGCUGGUAUUACAACAGGAUCCUUGGGAAAAUUUACUUUUUCAGAGGCCAAGAAACAGAUGCUUAUUCCCUCAGAGAGUGCAGAUUUGCUCCUGGAAGCACAGGCAGCCACAGGUCACAUCAUAGAUCCAAUUUCCAAUCAGAAACUGACAGUAGAAGAGGCCUGUGCAAGAGGAUUGGUGGACAGACAAGACCAAGAUAAACUCUUAACAGCAGAAGCUGCUGCUGUUGGAUAUAAAGAUCCUCAUACAGGCAAACCUUUAUCCAUAUUUGAGGCAUUAAAAAAAGCAAUAAUUGACAAAAAGACCGGCCUACGUUUCCUUCAGGCCCAAGAAUGUGCAGGGGGUGUUCUUGAUCCAAACCUCAGUGUUUUCCUGCCUAAAGACACAGCCAUGAAGCGAAACCUAUUAGAUGAAGAUCUCAGCCGUGCCCUCAACCAGAAUCCUGAUUGUUACCUUGAUCCAGACACAGAGCGGGAUGUAAGCUAUGGUGCUUUAAAGAAAAAAUGCAAAACAGAGCCUCACACUGGUCUGAUGCUUCUGCCACUUGGUGAGAGAAAGGAUCCAUCCAAACUGAUAUUUGACGGCGUCCGCAAGCCAGUCUCUGCUCAGCAAUUGUUGGAAUGUGGUGUCCUCGACCAAUCAACGUUCAAAAAAUUGAUCAAAGGAGAAAAAACUGUUACAGAGGUAUCUCAAGAUAAGAAGGUGAAUCUAAAGGGGACUGGGGCUAUUGCUGGUGUUUUUUCUAGCCUCAGAGGUAAUAUUUCCUUGACUGAAGCUAAGAAACAGAGGAUCAUAUCAGAAGACAGUGCUGAUUUACUUUUGGAAGCCCAGGCUGCUACAGGCCAUAUUGUUGACCCUAAAACUGAACAGAAAUUGACUGUAGAGGUGGCAUGUAGUAAAGGAGUGGUGGAUUUCAAAGACCAAGCUAGAUUCUUAGCAGCUGAAUAUGCUGCUGUUGGUUAUAAAGAUCAAUAUUCAGGAAGGUUAAUUCCAGUGUUUGAAGCCAUGAAAAAAGGAGUCAUUGAUGAAACAACUGGGUUACGCCUCUUACAGGCACAGGAUUCAGUUGGAGGAAUUCUAGACCCCACUCUUAGUGUUUUUCUACCAAAAGACACAGCUAUCAAGCGCAACCUUUUAGAUGACAAAGUCAUUCGUGCUUUAAAUCAAAAUCCUGCUUGUUAUCUUGACCCAGAAAGUGAAAAAAACAUAAGCUAUGGGGCUUUGAAGGCAAAAUGCAAUACAAAUACUCAUACUGGCCUGCAUAUUUUGCCAGUAUCUGAGAAGUUUGACCCCUCCAACUUAUUAUUUGAUGGCAUACAAAAGACAGUCACAGCACAACAGCUUCUAGAUUGUGGAGUUCUGGACAAAAAAACAUUUGGCCAGCUAAUACAAGGGAAGAAAACUGUCUCAGAUGUUUCUGUUGAUAUUAAGAUCUUUUUAAAGGGGACAGGCUCAAUUGCUGGUGUUGCUGCUGGGCCUCUUGGAAAAAUGUCCUUCACAGAGGCAAAGAAAGAGAAAAUAAUGUCUUCUGAAAGUGCCAAUAUGCUUCUUUUGGCCCAGGCAGCCACGGGUCACAUUAUUGACCCUAGAUCAAAUAAGAAACUUACAGUAAAAGAAGCAUGUGCCAAAGGACUUGUAGACAAAGAGGAUGAGCCAAUGUUGUUUGCAGCCGAAGCCGCUGCUAUUGGGUAUCGAGAUCCAGGCACUGCCACAUUUUUGUCAGCCGGCCAAGCCAUGAGAAAGGGAAUAAUUGAUAAAAAGACUGCACUACGCAUCCUUCAGGCUCAAGAAUCUGUUGGUGGAAUUUUGGACCCUAGCCUUGGUGUCUUUCUUCCCAAAGACAUUGCAAGGAAACGAAACCUUAUUGAUGACGACUUGCAUCAGACAUUGAAUCAGUCUCCUGAGUGUUAUCUUGAUCCAAAUACCCAACAACCAACUACAUAUGUAUCACUGAAGAAAAAAUGCAAAUCUGAUCCCAGCACUGGUCUUCUGCUUCUCCCUAAACCUGAACAGCAGAUAACUAUAAGGGGACUUAGAAAUGAGGUGUCUGUCAUUGAUCUGGUUGACGCAAACCUGCUAAACAAAUCAGAUGUGGACCAGCUGAAUGCAGGUAAACUUACAGGCCAAGAUAUCGAGGACCGCUUGCGGUCGUAUCUGGGAGGUUCCAAUUGCAUAGCAGGUGUUUACGAUGAAGCCAGUGAUAAAGUGCUUUCAAUCUAUCAGGCUAUGAAAAAUGACAUUUUGCGUCGUGGCACCACUCUAGAACUGCUUGAAGCCCAAGCUGCAUCCGGUUUUAUGAUUGAUCCUGUCAAAAAUCUUUUUCUGACUGUUGCAGAAGCCUCUAAAACAGGACUUUUUGGGCCGGAAUUUAAGGACAAACUUCUUUCAGCAGAAAAGGCUGUAACAGGUUACAAAAUACCCGGAACUGAACAGAUAGUAUCCCUUUUUCAAGCCAUAGAAAAUGGUCUAGUGGAGAGGGGUCAUGGCAUUCGUCUAUUAGAGGCCCAGAUUGCCAGUGGAGGCAUCAUUGAUCCCCAACACAGUCACCGCAUUGAUGUGGAUGUUGCCUACAAGAGAGGGUACUUCAAUGAGGAAAUGAACAAGAUACUGACUGAUGAGAGUGAUGAUACUAAAGGUUUUUUUGACCCCAACACACAAGAAAACCUAACCUAUCUGGAACUCAAAAAACGCUGUAUCUUAGAUAAGAAUACUGGGCUUGUCCUGUUACCAAUCAUAGACAAGAAGAAGAAGAAGAAGAACGAAUCAAGCCAAAAGAAUACUGUAAGAAAGAGGAGAGUAAUAAUUGUGGAUCCAGAGACAGAUAAAGAGAUGACUGUACGUGAAGCGUACAACAAGGGGUACAUCGACUAUGAUACCUACCUGGAGCUGUCAGAGCAGGAGUGUGAGUGGGAAGAGAUCGCCAUCACAGCUGCAGAUGGUUCCAUACGGUUUGUUAUCACUGACAAAUCAACUGGAAGACAGUUUGACAUCAACGAUUUGCUUGAAAAAAAAGUAAUUGAUCAAUCUGUUGUGGAACAAUAUCGCUCAAAUGCUAUCACCAUCGCUCAGUUUGCAGAUAUCAUUAGUAACAAGACCAAACAUGAGACAUCAUCUGUAACAUCGUCAUUAUCAUCCUCCUCAUCAUCAAAUUUGACCCAAGAACAACCGGGCAGAUCAUCAGUUACAUCAUCAUUACAGAUGUCAACUUCUGGAACAUCAGCAUCUUUUAGCUCAUCUUUAGGAGCAACAUCAUUUCCAUCGUCUUCCUCCUCCUUUACUUCAACUCAAGUAUCGAGACCACUAUCUCCUACCUUUACUAAAACAACUACAACAAAAAUCACAACCAUAGAAAAAAGCUCCUCAUCCAAGACGGUUUUUGAAGAAAUGCCAGACUCUCUAAAGCAGGUAUCCAGUGUAUCUGUCACUCUGCUACCUCCUCUAGAAGCAGUUGGUGGUGUGGAACCUGUAGGGGCCAUUUUUGACACAGAGACGUUAGAGAAGGUUUCUAUCACCGAGGCUUUUAAUCGGGGUCUACUAGAUUCUAUCACAGCCCAGAGAUUGCUUGAGGCACAGGCUUGCACUGGAGGCAUUGUCAAUCCCUCAAAUGGAAAGAGGGUCAGCAUCCAAGAGGCUUCCCACAUGGGUAUAAUAACUAAUGAUAUGGCCACUAAACUCAAGCCUGCCCAGAAAGCCUUUUUUGGUUAUGAGGAUAUGAAGAUGAAUAGGAAGUUGUCAGCUGCUCAGGCCAUGAAGGAAAUGUGGCUGCCUUACGAAGCAGGCCAGAGAUUUUUGGAGUUCCAGGUUGCAACAGGUGGGCUUUAUGACCCAGAAAAAGGCUGUAGAAGAAGCAUCGAGGAUGCCAGGAAAAUGGGCUGGCUAGAUGUAAGAGGAGCACAAAAGCUCCAGGACAUCCAACAACAUACAAAAAAUCUAACCUGUCCUAAAAGCAAACUCAAAAUUUCGUACAAAGAAGUGCUUGAUAACUGUCUAGUUGAGGAGGGCACUGGGGUUAAAAUGCUUCAGGCAUCAUCUGUAUCUUCUAGAGGUAUCAGCAGUCCAUAUAAUAUUGCUUCAGCCCCAGGAUCCAAGACAGGGUCCAGGAGUGGCUCACAGAGGGGAUCACGCAGAAACAGUUUGGACCUGGGGCGCUCUUCGACACAGUACUUAACUAGCUUCACCAGCUUUUCCUCCACCAGAUAAAUCCAGAAAAGGCAAAGUCUUUCACAUGCAUCUACUUUCUCUUGUUUUGUUUUUUUUUUUGUGUGUGUUUUUUUGUGUGUGUUUUUUUUUUUUUUUUCAAAUUGGCAGUAGUUUUAAAUAUUGUUUGGGAAUUUACACGCAUUUUCUUUGUGUUCAGAAAAAAGUCCUACAAUUUAGCUCUGCUAUUACUCUUCUCUAAGUGUUUUAAAUAAAACAAACAUGAAGAAAAUAUACAAAAUAGUUGUGUAACAAUAAACAAAAGUAUUACCAACAGACAUCUUAAAGUUUGUAAAGAAAGAUUUUGGUAAAUUUUUUAGAAUAUUUCUUCAUUUUAUUGCUUAAUUUGUGUUUGCAUGCUGGAUUUUAAAAUGAUUAAUUUUCCAAAGUUUGAUAGUAUGCCAUUUUCUUUUCAGUCUCAAUAUUUUUAUAACCACCUUUUGUCUCAUGAAAAUUCAAAAUCCUAUGUUUUCACAAGAAUAUGUACUAAAAUGGGUGAAAGUAUUGGUGUUAUUUUCUUUUUUUAACUGAACAAGUUGCCUUAAAUGGUUGUCUUCCGAUUAGCACAAUAUAUCCUGUUCAACUUGUUUUCAUCAUUUAAUAUUUCACAAAUUAUUAAAUUUACUCUGGUAAAUUUGAAACCAACUUUG